AUGGCGUUUUUCCUUCCACGCGGCCUUCGCUGCGGGCAACUCGGAGCUCGAUGCUUCAGUCAGAGGCCGCGCUUCAGCCUGGUGGUGGAUGGCAUGGAGAUUUGCCGGCACAGCACCGGGCUUUCAGGGGCGUUUCAGAGGCACCGAUGGCCAGAAGGCGAUGUCUUCGGGCCGAAGCACUUCGAAGGCCUCCGGGCAGCCUUGACGCGCCACGGCGAGCUGCGGAAGGGCUAUGUCUGUGCGCAGAAGGGAACUCGCUGGACUCCGCGAGACCUCCAGGGCUUGGAACUCAUCUCUGUGCCACGUCGUGCGGGCGGCAAGGAUCCCAAUGACAUUGCCAUUAGCCUGGAAGCUGCCCGGCUGGUCUUUCAGGAGAAUGUGGAUGCCAUUGCGCUUGCUGCCGCAGAUUUGGACUUUUUGUACUUGGUGGAAGUCUUGCAACGCCACGGGGCACGGGUUCUGGUCCUCUUGCCGCGCCAAUGCAACGCGGGCGUUGCACGGGCCUUUCGAGAGACGGCAGAGGUGGAAUGGUUCUCUUUUGCAGAAGAAGCUGAACGACAGCCAAAGAAGAAGAUGCUGCUGUCGUCCAAGCGCUGCAGCAGUGUCUUUGAAGACCUGAAAGCUGAAGACUUCGACCAUGGCGAGGUCGGCCUGGAGAUGAUGGACCAGCUGCGAGCCAUGCUCUUGGACUGGGGAUAUUUGGAAGAUCAGACACAAGCGCUCUUGCCGGCGGUGGCGAAGUUUGCGGUCUUACACGAACUCGAGGAUUUCCCUUUGUGGCCCAAGAGCUUGGCUUAUACCCAGCUGGCGAAGGUCAUCUCCAAGCAUGGCGUUUGGAAGCGGAAUGACCAUCGCCUGAUUUUCGUGCUUCCCUGUGGCCCAGCCACUGCCAGCAAGAAGUGGUUGGAGGCCUGUGGCUCCUCGAAAGCCGUCAGCUACGUGCGGGCGGGGGGCGCCUUCCUGCUGCGCGAGUCGGAGGCGGUGGCGCUGGAGGUCCUGCAGAGGCUCGGGUACUAUGGCGACAUGAAUGAGGACCUCAGUGAAGCCAUUGACAUCUUUGCCAGCAUGAAAUCCAAUGACCAGGCCCUUCAAGUCUCCGGGCUCUCCAUCAAGCCCCACUUUUCAGUGCACCGGAAGAUGGCCUUGCUGCACGCAGCCUUGGUCUCUCCUCGAGUGCACGGCGAAUGGCACAUUGCACCCGGCGACGACCUGGCGCGGCGCUUCUUAGUGGCGCGAGGGCUGCUGGCUGGUGGACAGGGGGCCGAUCGGAAAGAGGUGUGGAGAGCUUUGGAAAGCUUCCUGGAGCAGUCAGAGCUUCCAAGGCCCAGGAGCUACAACGCAGCGGUGAAGCAGUUGAACCUCCUUUUGAGCUCGGAGGAUCCCAGUUCCCGGUCCCCCCGGGUCCCCCGGGUGGACCCCCCGCGGCAGCGGUCCCCGCGCGCGGUGCACGGUGAACCGAAAAGCGGCCAGCGGUUGGCCGAUGACGACGGCCGUCUGAGGGGGGAAGGGUGGUGGGAUCGGUUUGAAAGAGAGGACUCAGGACGGACAGAUUUGGGUUUGUAG